GGAAGUGUGGGGAAGUUUAGGAGAGAGGUUUUGCAGGCAUUGUCUUUCUGAACCCAAAAUGAAGUCAGAAGUGUCAGAAUCAGACGAGUCUUCACAGGUUAAAACUAGGCAGAGAAGCCUGAAACUUAAAGGUGCAGAAGUGGCGCUCCUAGUGGACGAGGUGGUUGCCCACUAUUAUGUCUUGUUUGGGAGCUGCUCCAAUAAAACAACCACAGCAAGAAAGCAGGAAAUAUGGAGGGAAAUCCAACAAAAAAUAAAUGCCUUGGGGGUGACACAGCGUUCCAUUAAAAUCCUAAAGAAAAGGUGGACACAUACCAAAAGAAGGACCAAGGAGAAGUUGGCCAAAAAUCGAGCUGCUGCUGCCGCCUCUGGUAGGGUUCCUUCUACCCAGGAACCCCUGACACCCAUGGAGGAGAUGAUAGCCUCUAUCCUGCUACCAGAACAAGUGGAGGCACUGCCAGGGCAGAUAGACACAUGCAGAGAUCCUGAGAAAACACAGAAACCUUCAGGUUCAGCAAAUGUUUUGGAGGGCGCAUGGUCUGCAGGUCCGCAAAGUCCUAAUAGCCCAGCUGAGGAAGGUGAAAUGGACGAGCCAGAGGAAACUCCUUCCUCUGCAGGUGCACAUGAUGACCAGCCUGUUGAAAAGGAUAAAGUCUCCAUACAUGUGGAACCCACCACACCAUCUCCACAUGCUGGUACCCCACAGAGGCCCAGGGAACAAGCAGUCACACCUACAGAUUAUGAUUCUGUCAUCCUGGAGCAACAAAGGCAGAACCACAAUAUCUUGCAACACUCCCUGCAAAGGCUGAAUCAGCAUAUUAGCAAUCAAAAUAUUACUCAACACAGAAUUUGCCAGACCUUGGAAAGGUGGCAAGAAAAUAGUACUGAGCACAAUAGGCAGAUGCUGAUGAGCAUGGCAGCCAUUAACGACACAUUAAGAGGUGCUCUUGAUGUGUUCAACCGGCUAGCCUGGCAGCUAGCUGAAAGAUCCAGUGAGACUCCGAGUGAAUCUGGCAGCAGCACACCUGGGACACCACAGACAACAACCACAUCCAUGACUCCACCACAGCUUUUGAAAAGAGGGUUAUGCAUACGCGUUGGUGGCCUCUCCAAACAGACGGAUCCUUUGCCUCCUGAAGGGAAAAGAGGAAGACGACAGUAACUAAAAAGUGCAUUCUAUAUGUUGUCCAAUAUUUUUAGACAAUGUUAUUGCUGUUACAUUGCAUGGUUAUGGCUUGGACAAAGGCCGUAAGCUUUUUCUUGUUAUGUUUCUUUAUUGCAAAAAUUAACAUGUUUUAGUUAUGAUAUAUGAAAUAAUAUCACUUGACUUCAACGAAAAAAUGUAUGCUUCAAUACAUGCUUGAAGUAUCUUCUUUUGGUAUUAUGACAAUACAUAUUGAAAUACUUCCAGCUCUGUAGUGACUCUUUUUCUAAUUUCUCUUCCACGUCCAGCAUUUUCGCAUCUCAUUUUAUUAUUGUCAUGGGGUUCUAACAGUAUAGGUUUGUCUAUCGCCUGCAAAUCCAUUGUUGACUGUUAUAUUAUGCAACAAUAAUUUGACAAACUUUGUCAGGUCUGUUACUGUACCACACCCCCAGAUUUGUCCAGAUAUGUGAAGUGACUUUUUUAAAAAUCCAAAUGCCUGCUCAAUGACAGAGAGCGUGUGGACCGAUGUGCACAGUUAUAAUAAAACUCUGCUGGCACAAUUAUACAUCAUUAAGAUGCUAAAGUACAGUCUCCACUAACAUACCUAACUUGAGCUCCUACAAUGCUGUCCUCUCUGGGAAAUGUGACAGUUUUAGCAUGGACUGUAGUACCGGCUGGAAAUCUUGAAAAGAUUGGUUGUGAGAUGCCAGCAACUGCAGCUAUGGUCAUUUGAAAUGACCCAGAGGCUAAAUAAUGUAAUAACCACAAUCAUUUGACUAGGCCAGGAACAGCAUGAGAGAGAAUGGAUGCCUUCUUUAAUUUUCUCAUUUAAAGAUAGUAUUGUGUUUGUGGUCAAUCUGUAUCUUGUGAUUAUUUCUCCCUCUGACAAACCUAAAAAGGCAUGCCUUCCCAACAAUUUCUUUCAGGCUAUGAUCCUUUCUUCUUCCUCUCCGUUUAAAAUGCUGCCUUUCUCUGUUAAUAACAAGUGUCACCAUGAUGAAAAAAAAACAACACUUUUCACAAGAAGGAUCUCUGUACUGCUUUAAUUGAUCAUCUCAGAGGAUGGCUUGGCUUGUCCUGUAUUGUACUGAUGUGAAGAGGUGGAUGUUCCAAGAUUUUUUAUAGUUUUAAAAUAGAUCUGGGCAAUUUGACCAUGUUUGUAAAGUGAAUGAUUGCCAGUUGAGGUUGCUAUGAGCAAGUUGUGCUGGUGUAACAAUAUAGCAACAGGGCACAGCUAACUGGGUUUAGGGUAAUUUGCAACCAAUUAUCGAGAGCAUCCAGCUCUCAACCUGCAGGGCAUUACGUAAGCACUGACGCUAACCUAGUGUGCCAGCAGUUAGUGCCAGCUCAUUGAAGGGCCUCAUCUCUAAGCCUACACUGUGGUAGUUCAAACGAGGACAGGCCAAUGUGGACCGGCUGCAAAAACUUUGCAUCGUUCUGACGGCUCCAACUCCAGACCAGGUUUGCAUACAUUCCUUUCUCUUUUUUCUUAUUUAAUGCUCUCCUCCUAUACCUGUUUUCAUCUCCCUCUUGCACCACCACCUCCCAUACCCAUUCUACUUCCUUUCCUCUACUGCUCCUUACCAUGACUAUCUUUAAUAUCCCUGUAAUCCUCUCCUCUCAUUCCUCUCCUCUGUCUCCUCCCUGCCACUGCAAAUCUAACUCCUCUAACCUAAUCUCUGUGCCUCUCCCAGCACAUAUUUACUAUAAGUUAUAACUGCUCUUUGUCAAACUUGCUCUUACUUAUACCUUAUUGUAUUCAUCAUUUUGCUCUUAAAUUUGAUCUUAUACUUUCAUAACUGCUCUUAUCUGUAUUAUAA